CUGCUGAAGCCCAGUGUCAAAGGCCGCCUACGCCAUCGGGGCGGCAAAUGCCGAUUGCCGCACAUCGCAAUUGGCCGCUGUCGGAGUCGCAAAGGUCGCCUUCAUCUUGAUACGCAGGUCGGCUCAGUCUCUUCCUCCUCACAAUCAUCACUUAUUCUUCUCGGCGUGCCGGCUCUCGUCCAUGUGCAGAGCUUCCCGCAACAUCACCAUCGCCAGCAACAUUGCCCGCCGCCUUGCCAACAUGAAGCUACUGUACCCCACGUCCCUCAAGCUCGACGUCCAGAGCAUCGAGGGCUUCUCCGCGUCGCUGCACGCCUACGACGUCAAGAAGCCUAUCCCGGACGACCUCAUUGACGCCGACAUCCUCGUCACCUGGUCCAACUCGGCCGACAACCUCAAAGAUGCCGCCGCCCGCAUGACCAAGCUGCGAUGGAUCCAAUCCCUCGCCGCGGGGCCCAACGAUGUCCUCAACGCCGGCUUCGACACCUCCAAAGUCAAGGUCACGACGGGUUCCGGCCUGCACAACUUCACCGUCGCCGAGCACGCCCUCGGCCUGCUCCUCAACGCCGCACGCCGGUUCUACGAGAUGCGCGACUACCAGCUGCAGGGCAAGUGGCCCGGACACCUCGGUGGCUCCCAGCCCGACCGCCCCAAAGGCGCUUUCACUUCGCUGCGCGACGCCCGCGUCCUCAUCUGGGGCUAUGGAAACAUCGCCAAGACCCUAACGCCGCAUCUAGUCGGCCUUGGGGCGACCGUGCGGGGCGUCGCCCGCCGGGCCGGAGUCCGCGACGGCAUCGAGGUGUUUGACGAGUCUUCGCUGCCGAAGCUGUUGCCCGAGACGGACGCGCUCGUCAUGAUCCUGCCGGGAUCCGAUUCCACCCGCCAUGCCUUGAACCAGGAGCGCAUCGACCUCCUGCCGAACCAUGCCUGGGUUGUCAACGUCGGCCGUGGCACAUCCAUUGAUGAGGAGGCCCUGGCCAAUGCCCUCGACAAGGGCGAGCUUGGUGGUGCCGCGCUCGACGUCUUCGAGACGGAGCCCCUACCCGAGACCAGCAGGCUGUGGAAGACGCCAAACCUCGUCGUCUCGCCACAUGCCGCUGGUGGCCGGCCACAGGGUGCCGAGGCUCUCAUCGCGAGCAACCUGAGGAAGUUCAUUGCCGGGCAAGAAUUACAAAACUCCAUCUGAUGAGGAGGUCAUAGAGGGAGGAAGUGUUGGAGAGCGGUCACAUGCAAGCUGACAUAGACGGCACGAAGAGACUGGGUCACGAGUCAUGUAUAAGAGAUAUGUGCAUUGAGAUGCUGCAGCUGAGGCUGCAGCCAAGAAAGCAAUCAAGUAUAUACAGAUCCAAUCAGCCAUGCCCUCCUCCAAGUACCCGAGG